AUUAAGUGCAUCGCAAUGUUAUCGAUAAUUUUGAGCAACAAUAACUCGAAUGCUUGUUGCAUUGAAAACGCACGAGUGCUUUAGCACGAGUGCAUUUUUCUUAGGCAACAAGCAUGAGAGAUUAUUGUUGUUCAAAAUUAUCGAUUUCAUUGUGAUGCACGCAAUAUAUUCAACAGAUUAUUGCAAGAACAAACAUUUUAAAAAUAAUUUUAUAAUGAUUUACGAAGUAGUUUGGUGUGCGAUACUAUGGCGACGCAAGUAAAUAAGAACAGCCAUUUUGCAAAAUUUGUGUGGGUUUAAAAAACCAUGUCCAAUUUUCGUUUUGGUCGUAACACGCCAAAAGAAAUUGAUGAUUCUAUUACAAACAUUACGCCGCUAAAUACGAAGAACUCACGAAAUUCAAUCUGGAGGCAAUUUGAGAAGUUUUGCGGUGAACGCAAAUAUGUUUUUGAUGGAAACACUUCCACGGAAAAACUAGCAUUCAUCCUCAAAGAUUGGGGGUACAAUAUGAAAAAAGUCGAUGGUAAUGACUACAAAGAAGCAGUAAUAAAAACGAUGUGGAAUGUAACGGCAAAGCAGUUGCAAGAACUGUAUUUCAAUAAAUUUGGUAUAAAGUUUGAUCCUUUUGUUGACCUGGAAUUCAAGGGUAGUAGAAAUGCACGCGACGCAAAACGCCGGAACCUACAAAUACAACCGGAAAAACGCAAAACUAGUUCCUCAAUUUUGACUCUAGAAGAAUACAACAAGAUUCUAAAGAUUUAUAACGAAGACACGCCAGAUGGUUUACAGAAAAUGUUUUUUUAUGUGGCUGGAUUAGAAUUAGCUUGGAGGGGAUGUGAAGGUGUUAACGUUACUAUCAAACAUUUUAAGGAAGAAAGUGAUAAUUGUGGUUUGCCUACGGGGCGAAUAGAAUACAAUUGUAUUUUUUCCAAAACAGCUCAAGGAGGUAGCCAUAAAUUAACAGACAGCAAAUGGCUUGCAACAAACACCACAGAUCCUAGAAUUUGCCCUGUUAGGCUCUACAAAAAAAUGCUGAGCAAGAGAGGUAAACAUAUAACCACCGAUCGUUUAUUUUUAACGCCAAAUCCUGCAUGGAGAGAACCUAGUUCUGUAGGAUGGUUCAAAAAUUCACCCGUUGGAAGGAAUGAAAUGGGGAAAUGGACAAGAACCGCCGCAGAAGAAAUAGGCAUCGACAUAAAGAAAAAGAAGAUUAGUAAUCAUUCAUUACGGUCAACUGCAGUGUCGCAACUUGCAAAAGCGGGAGUCGGUGAAGAACAGCUUAUAAAGAUUACCGGUCAUGCCAAUACUUUCUCCAUCAAACCAUACCUUCAGCUCGAUGGAGAUCAUCAUUAUCAAAUGAUUGACAAAUUACGCGCCAACUCAACGGCUAUGGAAGAGUCUAAUAACAAAUCCACAAAUUGCGCACCGUCUGCUUUGGUACAAAUGUCUAAAAAUAUAGUUACUACUUCACCAAGCACACAAACCCCUGUAAAUUACUACAACUGUACCAUAAUUAAUUACAAUUCUUAGUUUCAUAAUUAAAUAUUUGGUUAGUAA